UACCCAUGUGCACACACCAGCCAUUUAUAUAUUUAUACCUCACAACUCAUCGCACGCCUCUCUCUGCUUUCAUUUCAUUUCAUUUCACACCCAACCAUUUCUCAAGUUUCUGUCAAAACGAUGACGUUCGCUCUGCAAAAUAACGGAGGAGUUAGCAUCGGACUGUCCUCCUUAGCCCACUGCGUCGCGAUCUACGAUCAGGAUUUUCCGGCUGAGGAUUCUGACUCCAGCUCCGACUCCUCCAUCGGGAGGAACAGCGUCUCGUCGGAAGAUUCCUCUGACCACGAAGACGCCACCGAGGUUGAGGUUCAGAGCUCCUUGAAAGGCCCUUUGGAUACCAUGAACGAUCUAGAGGAAGAUUUACCAGUCAAGAAAGGCAUAUCGAAGUUUUAUAGUGGGAAAUCAAAGUCAUUCACAAGCUUAGCAGAUGCUGCAGCUGCAAGUUGUAUGGAAGAGAUAGUGAAGCCAGAGGACCCUUAUGCGAAGAAACGCAAGAAUGUAAUAGCUCGCAAUGCAUCGAUUGAGAGGAGUCGCAGUUGUGCAAGUAACAUUGGUGGAAUAUUAAAGCGAGCAUCAAACAUUGGUAGAGGAACAUCGUGUCUGAAUCUGCACAGUAGUGAAGAGGGUAGCAGCUCCUCAUCCAUAUCUCCUCCAUGCCCCCUUCCUCCUGUUCAUCCACGUGCCAACAAUAGGUCAUCACUGCCUCAACCAUCUUCUGUCACACGAAGUUCUCCUUGGAGGUCUUAUUCUUGGUCUGAUCUAAACGCUAUCGCUGAGUCUCAUGAUAUAUCUGGUUUGGCUAUUUGUAGUGGCAACUAAAUUUUUGACACUAAAAUGUAACCUUUUAGUUUAGUUCACAUUCGAGUUUGUUUGUAAUGCCACAUUACUUUGUCUGUCGUCGUAUGUAUACCAAACUGACUAGAGUGUUGUAUAUUAUAUCUCAGUUUUUACUUAUUAUUCACUCCUGCCUCAA